AUGCAUCGGUCUUCAGCUGAACCUGCAAAAGACGAUGUUCAUGCGCAACGGAUGGAUCUCGGAUACCCCAUUCAUGCUCAACGGAACGAGCAUGUCCGAAUGCACAACUAUGUUUAUCUGGGUCGGGAAUUGCACAUGAUGAACGACCUGACCCCCGAGCGGGGCAGGAGGAGACGAGCUGCUUGGGGAGCAUACAAGAGCAUCGAGGAUGUAGUGAAGAAGACCAGGAACACCCCGGCUUCGUGCUCACCUCUUCAACACCAACAGGAAGAAAACGCGGUGAGCGUCAUUGAACGCGCAAUUGAGAGAGUGAUGCUAGGAGUAUCCUGUUUCACGCAAGUGAGGGACGGGAUUGGAAGUUCUCUCCUACAUCGACGAUCGAAGAUUAGAGACGCCGCCGCGUUUGCCAAGGAAAGUAAGAUAAGGUGGGCCGGACACGUAAUGCGCUUUAACAACAACCGUUGGACCAGAGCCGUGAGCGACUGGGUUCCUUGUGAUAUUAAGCGCACUACAGGAAGACCGCCGAUCCGAUGGUCAGACUUCUUCACGAAGUCCUUCAAAGAAAUUUAUGAUGCUCUUCCUGUCCCACGCGAAAGGAGGAACCACUGGGCGACUCUGGCACGCGAUCGGGACAAAUGGAAGAAUUACUGGCGCUCGCUCGACCUGUUCGAAGAUCAUCGGGAGUCAAGGUGA